CGGCCCAUAAUGCAUUGCGAUGGCGGGUAGGCGGGUGGGGGCGGAGCCAGGGCCGGAAGUAGAACGGUGGCGGCGGUGGUGGCUCUGGCAGCUCGGGACUGAGUGCAAGUAACGGAGUCACCAUGAUUCUUCAGAGGCUCUUCAGGCUCUCCUCUGUCAUUCAGGCUGCAGUCUCAGUCCAUUUGAGGAGGAAUAUUGGUGUUACAGCAGUGGCGUUUAAUAAGGAACUUGAUCCUGUACAGAAACUCUUCGUGGACAAGAUUAGAGAAUACAGAACUAAGCGACAGUCAUCUGGAGGACCUGUGGAUACUGGCCCAGAAUAUCAGCAGGAUUUGGAGAGAGAGCUGUUUAAGCUUAAGCAGAUGUUUGGUAAAGCUGACAUGAAUGCGUUUCCUGACUUCAAAUUUGAAGAACCCAAAUUUGAAGUCAUCGAUAAACCUCCAUCCUGAAGAAAUAAUGUGAAAUUUAUCUGGUAAUUUGUCCUAAAUAAAUUGUACAACUGAUCAGAAGCAUCAGAAUAAACAUACAUUUCACAGUUGCCAAACGUUCUUUUAAUUCUGAUUCCAAAUAAAUUUCAUGAUGUUGGAUGUAU